CACAAAACUACACAUAAUAGCAAUAUCAUCACAAUAUCAUCUUCAUCAUGAGCGCCGCAAAUCAACACGAGGUUUCAAACACCCUCAGCUCAAUCGUCCCAAGCUUCACCCCCUCCGAAUCUCCCGAAUCCGCCGCCGUUAAGGCAAUCAUCGGCUCACUCUCUCUCAUCGAGCACGUCGAAGGAGGCUACUUCGCAGUUACAGACGCCGACAGCACCAAAAUUCCUUCUCCAUACCCGGCCACGCCUCUCUCACAGCGCACUAUCGACCUCGUCAAUGGCCUCCCCGCUGAUUUUGACUAUGCGUUUCGCCAACUUUCUACCACAAUCUUCUACUAUCUGACACCCAAUCGCCCCCUGGGCUCGUUCCAUCGGAACCGGAGCCGCAUCAUUCACAGCCUCCAUCGAGGUCGUGGCCGCUACGUUCUUAUCCAUCCGGAUGGCCGGAUCGAAUCCUUCAUUGUUGGCCCCAACAUUGAGCGUGGCGAGAAGCUACAGUGGGUGGUGGAAGGUGGUGUGUGGAAAGCAAGCUUCCUUCUCCCUGACAGUGAUGAUCAAUCUAGCAGCGAUGGCCUGCUCAUCUCAGAAACCGUUGUGCCUGGUUUCGAGUACGCCGAUCACGAGUUUCUGUCUAACGAACGAUUGGUAGAAAUCCUUCCCGAGUCAAAGGUCAAUGUGGUAAAGUGGCUUGUUAAGCACUGAUAUCACCUAUGAGAAAGUGGGACCUCGGGGUUUGCGUCUAGACGACAUGUAGAACCAAUUGACCCAAACCCUGAAA